AUGAGCCACCAGCCACAGGGCCUGGGGGAGGAAGCAGGAGGUGGAGCGAGAGGAAGGCCUAGGAGCGGCUCUCCAGGCACAGGUGACAGGUCUGGGAGGAGACCCUCCAGGAAGCUGGCCCCCAAAGCAGAGGGUGUGACAGGCAGGUGCGGAGGCCCUGCUGGCCAGGAGCGGGCCAAGGGCAGCCCAAGGCCAGACUCCCCCCAAAGGAAGCAGGUAGAGCACAGGAGACACCGAGAAGAGCUGGGGAAACAGAAGCGGAGCACAGCCCAGAGGACCCGAGAGGGGAGGAAGAAGAAGGAUGGGAGGGCUUCCCUUAAGGAGCAGAGAGCAUCCCCAAAGAAGGAAAAGGAGGUGCCGAAGAAGGAGAUGUGGAAGCAACUGAAGAAGCACAGAUCGCCCUCCUUGGCCUCCAGCGCCUCUGCUGGGGAGUCUCUGUCUGAGGAGGAACUGGCCAGGAUCCUGGAGCAGGUGGAAGAGAAGAAGAAGCUCAUCACCCACAUGCGCAACAAGCCCUGGCCCAUGGCGAAGAAGCUCACGGAGCUCAGGGAGGCCCAAGAAUUUGUGGAGAAGUAUGAAGGAGCCUUGGGAAAAGGGAAAGGCAAGCGACUCUACGCCUAUAGGAUGCUGAUGACUAAGAAAUGGAUCAAGUUUAAGAGAGACUUUGAUAAUUUCAAGACUCAGUGUAUUCCCUGGGAAAUGAAGAUCAAGGACAUUGAAAGUCACUUUGGUUCUUCAGUGGCAUCAUAUUUCAUCUUUCUCCGAUGGAUGUAUGGUGUUAACCUUGUCCUUUUUGGCUUAAUAUUUGGGCUAGUCAUAAUCCCAGAGGUACUGAUGGGCAUGCCCUAUGGAAGUAUACCCAGAAAGACAGUGCCGCGGGCAGAGGAAGAAAGAGCCAUGGACUUUUCCGUUCUUUGGGAUUUUGAGGGCUACAUUAAAUACUCCGCUCUCUUCUACGGCUACUACAACGACCAGAGGACCAUCGGGUGGCUGAGGUACAGACUGCCCAUGGCUUACUUUAUGGUGGGGGUCAGCGUGUUCGGCUAUAGCCUGAUGAUUGUCAUUAGAUCGAUGGCCAGCAACACCCAGGGCAGCACCAGCGAAGGGGAGAGUGAUAACUUCACAUUCAGCUUCAAGAUGUUCACCAGCUGGGACUACCUGAUCGGCAAUUCAGAGACGGCCGACAACAAAUAUGUGUCCAUCACCACCAGCUUCAAGGAAUCAAUAGUGGAUGAACAAGAAAGUAACAAAGAAGAAAAUAUUCACCUGACAAGAUUUCUCCGCGUCCUGGCCAACUUCCUCAUCAUCUGCUGUUUGUGUGGGAGUGGGUACCUCAUUUACUUUGUGGUGAAGCGAUCCCAGGAAUUCUCCAAAAUGCAGAAUGUCAGCUGGUAUGAAAGGAAUGAGGUUGAAAUUGUGAUGUCCCUGCUUGGGAUGUUUUGUCCCCCUCUGUUUGAAACAAUCGCUGCCCUGGAGAACUACCACCCACGCAUUGGGCUGAAGUGGCAGCUGGGACGUAUCUUUGCACUCUUCCUGGGGAAUCUCUACACGUUCCUCUUGGCCCUGAUGGAUGACGUCCACCUCAAGCUCUCUAAUGAAGAGACAAUAAAGAACAUCACUCACUGGACUCUGUUUAACUAUUACAACUCCUCGGGUUGGAACGAGAGUGUCCCCCGGCCACCCCUGCACCCUGCUGACGUGCCCCGCGGCUCUUGCUGGGAGACAGCCGUGGGCAUUGAAUUCGUGAGGUUGACGGUGUCCGACAUGCUGGUAACGUACAUCACCAUCCUGCUGGGGGACUUCCUGAGGGCUUGUUUUGUCCGGUUCAUGAACUACUGCUGGUGCUGGGACCUGGAGGCUGGAUUUCCUUCAUAUGCUGAGUUUGAUAUUAGUGGAAAUGUGCUUGGUUUGAUCUUCAACCAAGGCAUGAUCUGGAUGGGCUCCUUCUAUGCUCCAGGACUGGUGGGCAUCAACGUGCUGCGCCUGCUGACCUCCAUGUACUUCCAGUGCUGGGCGGUGAUGAGCAGUAACGUGCCCCACGAACGCGUGUUCAAAGCCUCCCGAUCCAACAACUUCUACAUGGGCCUCCUGCUGCUGGUGCUCUUCCUCAGCCUCCUGCCAGUGGCCUACACCAUCAUGUCCCUCCCGCCCUCCUUUGACUGCGGGCCAUUCAGUGGGAAAAACAGAAUGUAUGACGUCAUCCAAGAGACCGUUGAAAAUGAUUUUCCAACCUUCCUGGGCAAGAUCUUCGCGUUCAUCGCCAAUCCAGGCCUGAUCAUUCCAGCCAUCCUGCUGAUGUUCCUGGCCAUCUACUACCUGAACUCAGUUUCCAAAACCCUUUCCCGCGCUAAUGCCCAGCUGAGGAAGAAAAUCCAAGCGCUCCGUGAAGUUGAGAAGAGCCACAAAUCUGUCAAAGGCAGAGCCACAGCCAGAGAUUCCGAGGACACAGCUAAAGGCAGCUCCAAAAAUGCCACCAAAGCAGGGACCAUGCCUCACUCUGCCAGCCAAAGCCAGACCCUGGGCAAGAAGGUGCAGGGCCCUGGGACCUCCAGUUCUGCCAGUGGGACCAUGCUGUCUGCCUCCAGUCACCUCCCUAUAUCUCGGCCUCCUGGCAUCAGACCAGAUUCUGGCCAUGCGGGGCCUCAGACUCAUCCUGGGAGGUCAGCCUCUAGAAAGAGUGCUCAGAGACCUCCCCACUGA